UCGAACAAAAGUAAGAAAGAAAGCGGACUGAAAUCGACGAGAAAACCACUCAUCGAUCGGUGCCGUAGUGGAUUCCGAUCACCUCCAUCUGAUCUGGUUCAAAAACUAUAUUUUAUCGGAAACGCGGAAAAAAAUAUUGUGAAAAAUAGCGUUUGUUUUGACUUGCCUUACAUACCUGUAAGAGUUUAGCCGUCCGCGAGUGACUGAUAAUCUGUAUCUGUUCGUUCGAGGUCCGCGCCAGCUUAUUUCAAAGAGACCAGACUAUUUUGUUGAGGACAAGCGAAGCCGACCUGUAAUGAACUUAGCAUCGAAGAGGGAAACACAAUGAUAGCCAAGAAAAACAGCACCGCAUCAUCUACUCCUAAGCCGAAGCCGUCUGCGACUUCUUCAUGGCCCAUGCCAAGCUUACGGCUUGUUAUAGUCUGUGUUUCGCUGGCGGUAACUCUCACUAUGUCGGCGAUGAUAAUAUUCGUCGAUGUUCGCGCCCCUUCGCUAGCCGAUAUUUUUCUCUCCACGAUGUAUUUUCCGCUUGGUCAAGGACUACAGCUGAAAGCUCGGCGCUGGUCAAACAACAAGACCGAGUGUUUACACUUUUUCAAGACAAGGGACGAAAAUUUCAGGCGUUUUGACGGCUUACAGUGUGGGCAUGCAUUCUGGCAAAGCACGGCGAACGUGGAAGAAAAAGAUCGCUAUGUGAAAAAAAUCGCCACUCAUUAUAAACUGUUCGAGAGAGAGUCACACGCUAGCAAGUAUUUCUCUGAAUAUUGGCAUGAAAAACUGAAAGAUCCGUUACCAACGAGUUUUUAUAACGAAGAGACUGACAACUCUCCAAAGGCAGGCAAUGAAUUUCGCGCUUUCCGCUGGGAUCCUCUCAUACCCUUCCCGUCUGAAAUAUCGUCAACUUCUUCAGGGCCAAACCCGUGGAUUCACCGAGCAGCAACGACCUCCCGUCAUAUUAUCUACAUUUUCAGGCAAGGUCGUGUGUUUGCUCGCCUGCUGGUACAGGGUUUUAACAACAGCAAAGACCCCAGACUAGGGGUGGAAUUUGCAGGAAGGCUGGCUGGUGUCAUGGCAGAGCUCAUAGAGCAAAAUGAGCCCACCCCACUGCGGAAGUUUCUGUUGAACGUACAGUGGGGUAUACGAUACAUUAUACGAGCCACGCCCCUACUCUGUGCUCAAAAACUGUCCACAGCGUUGUCCAUUCUGUCGCACUGGACAAGUCAGUUACUUAACUGUACAUGGUCAUCAUUGCGCAUGUCACUCACCUCCCAGUUAUUUGCCUGCUGGAGGCACUUGAUUGGUUCCGGGUUAGGGGAUCUGCAUUUCUUUGGGGUGGCCAUGUUGUUGCUGUUUCUUCACAAGCUGCACAUGGUUCUAACGCCAUAUGAUCAGAUGGACUUUUCUCAAGUCAGGUGUCAGAGUAUGUUGAUGUCCGCCAUUGAGCGCGCUCGACAACAAAACCUGCUUAAUCAGGAUCUGUUUUUACAGCCAAACUAAUUUAUUCUUAAAACUGAAACAAAACGAGAAUUGUUUGAAUUGAUAAAAGAGAAAUUUUAAUUUAUUGAAAAAUCAUAAAUUUAAUAUAAUUCACGUACAUCAUGUACAGAAUGUUGCUGGAAAAUGAAUAAAAUUGUUGAAGCUGUAAGCUCAAGAUGACAGAA